AUGAUCCUCAUCGCAUCACUCAUCGGCGGCACCAUUUCCGGUCUUACCAACAUCCCACCGUCUCGUCACAGUUACAUUUCGACAGUGGUUCGUCAAAUCGGAGAUCACGAAGCGCAUCAGACCCUACCUCAUCGUCUUCUCGACAUCACCACCGCCGGCGUCGGUCGCAGUCUCCUCCUCGUUAUGGUCACCACCAUCAACGACAGUGCCGAGAAGUGGAUCGGAUACUAUGCUGGCCUUCUCUUGACGGGCUUUUGGGGCGCCAACCUGGCUACCACCUUAUUCUGGGGAUACCUUUCCGACAAGUAUGGGCGUAAGGCGAUCAUGCUGUUUGGGCUCUUCAUGACAAGUCUCAGCACAGUCUACCUCGGCCUCUCGACCUGCUACCAUGAUGCCAUGUGGGCGCUGGUCAUUCAAGGAGCAUGCACAGGAUUGGUUCCAGUCUCCAAAUGCUCUAUUGGCGAACUGGCCAAUCGACAACAGAUAAUCCAUAAUGCAGAGAUAGCAUUGAUCCAACAGCGACAACGACUUCUACGACGACAACAGCAGCAGCGACGUCGGCAACAAUCAGCGGAAUGGGGGCAUGGAUUGGACGAGAAGACGAUUGGUUUAGUCUAUUGGGCAGAAUCAGAGAACGAUCUGACCAUGGCAGCAACCGCCAAUGAGCACUAUGAUUUUGCUUCCAAAGGGUACUCGGCUCUUGUUGUUGCCCUUGCCCUAGGCGCUGCUUUGGGACCGUUGGCUGGAGGCGUUUUAACCAAGAAGAUGAUCCCAGGAUUUGAAGAUUUCCCUUACUUUGCGCCUUGUCUCUUUGCCUCGGCUGUUGGUAUCUUUAUUACUGGAGUUGUGGGCCUAAUCUUGGACGAGACACAUCCCAAGUGGGCAAAGGCCUCAGAGCUUGAAAAAACGCUUGAGAACCCGUCGCGUUUUGAGCAGAUGGAAGAAUUGGAGGAGGAGGAGGAUGGAGAUAUGAGCAGAGGACGGUCUGGGUAUGAGAACAGUCGGCAUUACAAGGCGGCGCAGGCAGCAACCAAGGAUACAGGGUUGAUGACAGUAGAUUUUGAAUCAGGAGAUGUUGUGGCUAGUCUGAGCGCUAGAGGCACGACGACGAUGACAACGACGCUGGGUACACGACCCAGGCUUCGACAGACAGCUGGAGCAGGAACAAUCACCCCACCGACAGCUGUCUGCACGUGUCAUCCUCACGAACCCGCAACGGAGCCAGUACCACUGCCACCUGCCUACUACGGUUCCAGCAGUUCUAACAACAGCAACACUCGUCAACCAUCAUCACCGCUACCAUCAAAACUCUCGCCGGCAACAGAACUCUACCUCGCCCUCGCUAUUUACAGCCUCUUAGUCCUGACUUCAAUCCUCGGUAGCGAAUUCGUCAUGCUCUACACCCAAUCGCCCACCUUCCGAGGUGGUCUCGAGUUCUCUGCAAAGACUCUGGGCCAGAUCCUGACCCUUCGUGGGUUUCUCAAGCUCGGAUUCACUCUGUGCGGAUACCCCUGGAUAGUGAAACGCAUAGGAUUGUUGAAGUGUCUGCGAUUGGGCGUUAUUGUCAUUGGGGUGUUUUCGGUCGUUGGGUUGGGAUGGUUUGUACCGUGGGCCAUUUUCGCUCAGCAGGAGUCGACAAGGAACCGUGCGUUGGUCACUUCCUCCGUCGAUUUGAUUGGUUCUGCUGGAAAGGAUGCAAAAACGUCUGGCGGUGAAGGAGGCAAUCUUCCCGCCGGAGGAGGAGGAGGAGGAGGAGGAGGAAGAGGAGAGGAGAAUGAAAAGACCCCGGUAGGCAUGGGAGUCAUCCUGCUCUGUCUCAGUCUGAUCUCGAUGGGGGACGUCCUAGGCUACGUGUCCGUCCUGGUCCUGUUUGGAAAGAGUGCCGAUCGCAUGAAGGGGGCCACAUCAACAGCAUUAACAGCAAGAGCAGGAAGGACAGGAUAUAAUGCCCCAAUUGAUAGUGCGUCAUCUUUAGAAAGCCAGGCAAGAAUCAACAACAGCAACUACAACAAUGCAGGAGAAGGAUCAGGAGCGACAGGACCGGGAGCACAACAAGGAGGAAGUGGGGUACUUUGGAGUGUUGCUCAGGUCUCGGGCAAUGUCAUGCGGCUCACGGGUCCCGUUCUUGCAGGCCUUCUCUGGUCGCUGGUGGACACGUCUAGAGCCCUUUCAACCUCAACCGUCACGGGCCUUCAUCAUGUGCCUCCCUUUUCAGGCUCAUCCUCUUCUUCCGCCUCGUCCAUGGAAAAUCAACAGCACAUCAUGUACCCCGACUCUCGGUUAUCACAGUCUGCUUCUCUCACAAACAACAACAAUAGCAAGGAGCCCACACUGUUCGGCAAGGUCGAGGUCGAGACCGAUGACAGCGACGAGGUCAAGGGCACAAUCUAG